AUGCCGACCUACCCCAGUAACUGCCUCCAGUUUGCGAAGACCCUGGAUGGCACCCUUCCCACUCUUCCCAACCCUACCUCUGGGCCGCCAGCAUUGAAUAUCCUUGUUGUCGGGGCGGGUCUCGGAGGGCUGGUCACAGCUAUCGCUCUCACCCAGGCUGGCCACAAGGUCACCAUUUACGAGCAGACAGCAGUACUCGGGGAAGUGGGUGCGGGAAUUCAAAUCCCAUCCAACUCAGCGCGUAUCUUAUUCAAACUCGGGCUAGAGUCUUACCUUAAGCCUUACGUCACCACGCCAGAGUCUAUCUCCUUUCGUCGGUGGCAGAAUGGAAAGGUUAUAGGAAAGACUAGACUGAUUCCGGACUUUAUUGACAAUUUCCACGCGCCCUACUAUGUGAUUCAUAGGGCCGACUUUCAUUCGGCACUGUGCCAGAAAGCUGAGGACAUGGGUAUUGAGAUCAGGCUGGGAGCGAGAGUUGUCGAUUACGAUUCAGUGCUGGGCAGCAUCACACUGCAUGAUGGCACAAGACAUACCGGAGACCUUGUCGUCGCGGUGGACGGUAUCAAGUCAGUGGCUCGGAAUAUAAUCCUUGAUGGUAAGAGGAUGCCUUUCCAAAAGCCCGGCUUCGCUGCGUAUCGGGCCGUCGUGGACGUAAACCGGAUGCGAAAUGACCCCGAAGUAUCAUGGAUUCUGGAACGGCCUGCACUCAAUAUUUGGAUCGGCGACUCCAGACAUGUUAUGACAUAUACGAUUGGCGCGGGCAGAGCCUUCAACAUGGUUCUCUCACACCCAGAUACCUCCGACCCAGCCACGUGGGACGCCCAGACAGCCUUACAGGCCAUGAAAACUGAGUUCCAGGGAUGGGACUCUGUGCUUACCAAGAUCAUUGGUAUGGUGGAGAAGACGAUUAAAUGGCCCUUAAUGAGUGGUUCCUUGCUUACUCGCUGGACGAGGGGUAAGUUGGUCAUUCUGGGCGAUGCGGCUCAUGCAAUGCUGCCGUACAUGUCGCAGGGUGCAGCAAUGGCCGUAGAAGACGGCGUGGCCUUGGCUCGCUCCUUAUCCUACAUGCAGUCCCAGGAGCAGCUAACCGAGGCAUUGACCAUCUUCGAGAAAGUGCGGAUCCUACGGGCGGGCCAGAUGCAGGAGGCCAGCCUGCUGAACGGCCAGCUGUGGCACUUUGCAGACGGGCCCCUGCAGGAGGCGCGCGAUGCGGCCAUGGCGCCAGAAGUGGAGGGUCUUUCCUUCAGCCAUAGCCCAAAUCAAUGGAGUGAUCCGGCUACCCAGAUGUGGUGUUAUGGCUACGAGGCUGAGCGCGAGAUUGACCAAGCAUGGGCAGAGAGGGAGGGGUCGCGGAAGAAGUAG